AUGAUUGAAGAUCCACAAAAUUAUGGGUUCCUCAACCAAGGCGAUGAGAAUGAAAAUACCAUUUUGGAUUUGUCUAUGAUGUUAAGACGAACUGAGGAAUUCAAGUCCAAUCAAAUUGGAGUAGGAGUUCCGGGAAACCUCAAAGAACGAUUAACUAUUUUCACUAUUGAAGAAAGCAAAAGAAAGCUCUAUGAAGCAUCAAAGAUUGGGUCCAUUCAAAGCUUGAAGACACUAAUUCGAGGCGAUCCAAAUAUCAUUGAAAGAGUUCUAAUCUCUUCAUCCAACGUUGAGAGUCCAUUGUAUGUCUCAGUUUUGCAUUGCCACCUUGAAUUCACUCUAUUUCUUUUGAAUCUCGUUCCUAAACUUGCAGGGAAAGUUGAUGACCUACAAAGGACACCUCUCCACUUAGCUUCUGGAAAUGGAACGAUCGAGAUUGUUCAAGCUUUGCUGGAGAAGAACACAAGCACUUGCAUGGUUCGUGAUUUGAAUGGGUUGAUUCCUCUACACCAUGCAGUGAUUAAUGGAAGAAUUGAUAUCAUUCAACGGUUGAUCAUUGCGAGGCCAAGAUCUCCUUGGGUUAAGCUUCACAAUGGUCAAAGUGCUCUUCACUUAUGCAUAAAACACAACCAUUUGGAAUCUCUUAAGUUAUUGAUCAUAAUGAUUGAAGAUCCACAAAAUUUUGGGUUCCUCAACCAAGUCAAUGAGAAUGAAAAUACCAUUUUGGAUUUGUCUAUAACUGAGGGAUCGCCAAGUAGAAUUGAAGAACAAUGCAAUAAAGGGUCAUCAACAUCCGCAACACUCAAAAAGCUCCUGAGAAGUUUGUGGAUGAAGAACCUUAAAUACAAAGGUGAUUGGCUUCAAGAAGUGCAAGGCACAAUGAUGUUGGUGGCGACGGUGAUUGCAACCGUGGCUUUUCAAGGUGCAAUCAACCCUCCUGGAGGUGUUUGGCAAGAAGACAUUUCUUACAACUCCAACAGCAGUAUUCAUCGUUCGUUACAUUGUAACAAUACUUUAAAAACUUUCAUAGCAGGAACGGCAAUAAUGGCUUACCCAGCUUUAGGCCAAGAAUAUUAUUACGUUGCUUACUUGAUUACAAAUUCUAUCUCAUUCUUUGCAUCAAUAUGUGUGAUUAUGUUCAUUAUAGGUCGAUUGCCUUUGAAAAAUAGGAUUUGUUCAUGGUUAUUAACUGUAACCAUGUGCAUUGCCAUUGCAUCCUUAUCAUAUAGUUACUUACUCGCGGUUGGGCUGCUAUAUGUCUCAUUUAGCCAUUCUCCUAUUUUAAGAGUAACAUUUGUAAUAGCAUGGUACAUUUGGUUAGUAAUGGAGGAGUGGUGUUUAUUUGUUGCAUUAUAA